UGUUACAGAUAACGCACUAUGAUGUUUUGAACUUUGGCAUUGAUGUAACAAUAUCAAUUCAUAUACUCGUCUGUGACAUCAAUUUCAUGGACAGUGUCUUGUGAGACUCCAAUAACAUAGUAUACAUUCAUCAUGUCUAUAAUAAGAUUUUUUUCGUGCGAAGCGUUUAGUGUCCACAAGACAAAAGAAAUACUUCAGAAGUUAAGAGUCAUUGACCUCGAUGUGGUGGAAUUAUCUACUGAGCUGUGUUACCAUGUGGAGUUGGCCGCGGACUGUGAAUACCUGAACAUAAAUCAGAUAAAGAUUCUGCAGUGGCUUUUGAGUUCCCCGCUCCAGCCUAAUGCUUUGAGGAAUAAUACAGUCUACACUAAUGUGAAAGAUAACCAGGUUGUUAUUGAAAUUGGGCCAAGAUUCAAUUUCUCAACGGCCGACUCGAGUAACUCUGUCCAAAUUUGCGAAAGCGUCGGUCUACACGACGUGGUUCGCCUCGAAGUAUCAACCAGACACCUCAUCACCUUCAACAAGACUAAGAAUGUCUCGAAGAAGCACUUUGAGGACUUGGCCUCAGUUUUGCAUGAUAGGAUGACGCAAUGCAUAUACACGUCGGAGAAUCUGCCGAGGCACAGUUUCAAUGAGGGACUGCCAAAGGAUCUGGAACCUUGGUUUGUGGUGCCUCUUCAGAAGGAGGGACGACCAGCUAUGGAACGAGUGAAUCAAAAACUAGGUCUGGCGUUCGAUUCCUGGGACAUGGACUUUUACACGGACCUGUUUGUAAACAAACUGAAGCGCGACCCAACCAGUGUGGAGUUGUUCGAUCUAGCCCAGAGCAACAGUGAACACUCUCGUCAUUGGUUCUUUAAGGGCAAAAUCAUACUGGACGGCAAAGAGAUCAACGAAUCAUUAAUUGACAUGGUUGCUUCCACUCAAGCGACGUCGAACGAUAACAAUGUCAUUAAGUUCGGCGAUAACAGCAGUGCCAUCAAAGGAUUCAAGCAUACAAAACUAAAACCGACCAACGUCCGAGCGCCAUCCCAAGUCAUCCAGGAGGUCACUGAAUCCGACAUCAUCUUCACAGCGGAGACCCACAAUAUGCCCACCGCGGUGGCUCCGUUCAGUGGGGCCACUACUGGGACUGGUGGGCGUAUUAGAGACGUCCAGGGGGUUGGGAGAGGGGGUCACACUGUUGCUGGGACUGCUGGAUAUAGCGUUGGAAACUUGAACAUACCUGGCUACGAACUACCAUGGGAGGAUAAGAACUGGGAAUACCCGAGCAACUUCGCUAGUCCGCUGCAGAUUAUCAUCGAGGCGAGCAACGGCGCUUCCGACUACGGCAACAAGUUCGGAGAGCCGGUUAUUACCGGAUUCGUUCAGUCAUACGGGCUAAAGAACGGCGACAACGUACGCGAAGAGUUCGUAAAGCCGAUCAUGUUCAGCGGCGGCAUUGGAUACAUGCCACAUUCCAUGAUCAAAAAGAAUAAGCCAGACAAAGGCAUGCUUCUAGUGAAGAUCGGAGGGCCGGUGUACCGCAUCGGCGUGGGCGGCGGCGCGGCGUCCUCCGUCGCGGUGCAGGGCGGCGACUCGCGCGACCACGCGUUGGACUUUGGAGCUGUGCAGAGAGGUGAUGCUGAAAUGGGCAACCGUCUCAACAGAGUCGUAAGAGGAUGUCUCGAGGCUGACGUCAACCCAGUUGAGUCGAUUCACGACCAAGGCGCCGGCGGCAACGGCAACGUCCUAAAAGAGCUGGUGGAACCCGAGGGCGCCGUGGUGUUCACCGCGGAGUUCCAGCUGGGAGACCCCACCAUCACCACCCUGGAGCUGUGGGGCGCGGAGUACCAGGAGAAUGAUGCGCUGCUGUGCUCUAAGGAGAACAGAACUGUUCUAGAAGAAAUCUGCCAGCGCGAGCGCUGCCCCGUUUCCUUCGUGGGCGAAGUGACUGGCGACGGCUAUAUGAGUCUCGUGGAGGGUCCGUUCAGCGACCAAUAUCUCAGCAGGAACGAGAGACUGAAACCUGAGAUCAAAGCCAAACUGCCGUACGAUCUCCACUUGGAGGCUGUCUUAGGAAAUAUGCCAAGAAAGACAUUCGACUUGAGACAGGACGAGAGAACCAAACUGCCACUCUCACUGCCAAAGGACGUUACCGUCAAAAGUGCUUUGGACAGGGUUUUGAGACUCGUAAAUGUUGCUAGCAAGAGAUACCUAACUAAUAAGGUGGACCGCUGCGUCACGGGUCUAGUAGCCCAGCAACAGUGCGUGGGCCCACUCCACACGCCGCUAGCUGACUGCGCGGUCAUCGCCCUGUCAUACAACGAGCUCGUCGGCUCCGCUACCUCCAUCGGAACACAGAACAUCAAGGGCCUGCUCGACCCCGCUGCAGGAGCCAGGCUGUCGCUCGGAGAGGCUCUUACCAACUUGGUGUUCGCCGGCAUCUCAUCUCUCGAAGACGUGAAGUGUUCGGGCAAUUGGAUGUGGUCGGGCAAGACGGGCGGCGCGGGCGCGGCGCUGGUGGUGGCGUGCGGCGCCGUGUGCGCGGCUAUGAGGCGGCUGGGCGUGGCCGUGGACGGCGGCAAGGACUCGCUGUCCAUGUGCGCUCAAGUUGCUGGCGACACAGUUCGGUCACCUGGAACUCUGGUAGUGUCGACUUACGCGCCGUGCCCCGACAUCACCGUCAAGAUAGAACCGGCUCUCACAGCCGAGAACUCUGUGCUCGUCCACGUGCCUGUAUCUGCUGGGAAAUACAGAUUGGGAGGUUCUGCCUUGGCGCAGUGCUACAAGCAACUCGGCGACACCCCACCUGAUUUAGACCAACCGUCCGUUCUGAAGUCACUGUUCAAGAUCACGCAGAAACUGUUGAAAGAAAAGAAACUUCUAUCCGGUCACGACAUCAGCGAGGGAGGUUUCAUCACCACCGUCCUAGAGAUGGGCAUCGGUGGUCUCAGAGGUCUCCACGUAGACCUGCAAGCGCCCGUGUCGGCCAUCGAAGCGCUCUUUAACGAAGAGCUGGGCAUCGUUGUAGAAGUUGCGCCUGAGAAUCUGCAAUACGUGCUCGCCGAGUAUAAUAACAGUGGAGUGAAAGCGCAGAAGAUUGGUGUUACUGGGAAAUAUGGCAUGCGUUCUGAGGUCUCCGUUAAAGUGAAUGGCGAAACAGUGUUGAAGACUCAGCUGAUAGACGUGUACAGAAUGUGGGAAGAGACGAGCUACCAGCUGGAGUGCCUGCAGGCCAACUCCGCGUGCGUCAAACAGGAAUGGGAAGGUCUCGAGCAACGCAAGGGAGUAACGUACAACGUGACCUACGAUCCUACAGCCGCUGUGAUCAAGUCCAAAUCCGUCAGGGUUGCAGUUCUUCGUGAAGAAGGAACGAACGGCGACCGUGAAAUGAUCGCUUCACUGUUGAUGGCCAACUUCGAAGUCUUCGAUGUGACCAUGAGCGACUUGCAGAACGGCAAGAUCACGCUUGACGCUUUCAAGGGACUCGUGUUCCCUGGUGGAUUCAGUUAUGCAGACACCCUAGGCUCAGCUAAAGGUUGGGCGGCCGGCAUCCUCUUCUCCAACUCGCUGAGCUCCCAGUUCGCUCACUUCAAGGACCGAAGCGACACGUUCUCGCUGGGCGUGUGCAAUGGUUGCCAACUCAUGGCUCUGCUGGGCUGGAUCGACCCUGAGACCAAAGUGCAGAACAAGACACAAGUAUUCUUGGACCAUAAUAAGUCGGAGAGAUUCGAAUGCCGCUGGAGCGCAGUAAAGAUCAGCGGCGACAACGACAACGACGUGUGGUUCCGCGGCAUGGCGGGCAGCACGCUCGGCGUGUGGGUCGCGCACGGCGAGGGCCGCUUCACCGCCACCGACGCCGCGCUGGCCCAGAUGCAGACGCAGCGACAGAUCGCCAUGCAAUACGUCGACGACGACGGGCUUCCUACUGAGACUUACCCGAUGAAUCCUAACGGCAGUCCGAUGGGCAUCGCCGGCGUGCGGUCCCCCGACGGGCGGCACGUGGCCAUGAUGCCGCACCCGGAGCGCUGCGUGCUGCGCUGGCAGUGCGCCGCGCCGCCGCCCUGCCCCUCCCCCGCCGCCGCCGCCGCCGCGCACCCCCGCAGCCCCGCCUCGCCCUGGCUGAGACUCUUCCAGAACGCAUACACGUGGGCUGAGAAACAUUAAGCCCUUAUAAGGCAGAGGGAAUAUAUUUCCCACAUGAUUUUGAACUUUGUUUCAAAGUGAUAGGGUACAAUUUUGCAUAAUUUCUGACACCCUCAUGCUUUAUAAAGGGUUAAAUGUGCAUGAAGCAAAUGGGUUCGAAACGUUACGGAAAACGGGCCUCUUUCCUGUAGACAAUUUAUAAUUAAUGUAGUUAACGAUUUGGAUACAUUUUACUAUGGUUUUCAUCAUACAAAUUUUAAGAAGUUUGAACUUGCCUCUAAUAAUUCAGCAAGAUUAGACUUUAAAGUCCAAUCAUCUUAUGAUAUCUACAGGAAAGACCCAUUCCGCUAACUCACACAAUUUUUUUAACCCAAGUGUGAAUGUUAGUUGUGGAAAAGACUUCCCUGCCAUUAGAAUGCAUUUAGAAAUUGUUUUAUCGGCUAUCGACAAUGUGGUAAUUUUUUAUUGAAACGCUACAAGUACUUAUCCAAGUAAUAAUGUGAUUGCCGCUACCAUGGACUAAACCUAUAUUGGUUAUGGUCUUUGCCGCUACCAACAAAUCCUAACAGACAAUAUUUAAUAUAAUAAGCGUUUAUAAUAUUGUUCGUGUUCCUUAACGCUGUCCAUGGAUCUUUAAACUUCGAGGCAGUACAAGUAACAGUGGCACCAUAGUUAAAAGAACAAUUAACACUUUCGCAACCGGGCAAAAAACGGUGCACUACCCCAGAAACCGGUCGUCUAUAUCUGCGUACAAAAGAACCCGCUGGGCGGGUUGUCCGGCAUCUGAGAAAACAUUAUUACGAGUGCCUACCAGGCGGGUUCUCGGUAGUCAAAGUGUUAAUUGCAGAAGACUUGUAAUGUCUGUAAAUAAAAGUAAAAUUUACUGUAUUGUUUAGUCGUACGUUUCUACUGAUAUCAUAUAAAUAUAACCCCUUUGAUGGAUACAUUUCCGUGGAUGCGAUAUCUCGUCUUCCAAUACGUAUGCAUUCCACACCAAUUUGUGAUGCCUAUGCAUUCUAUUUUUAUCAUGUUUAAUACAUACAUUAUUUUUUGCGCAAAAAGAUAUUGGAC